AAACCCGCUGCCUCUGUCCAAGCCCCAGGCUGAGGCCCGACGCGCUCAGCACAAGGCGCAGAUCCGCAGAGGGCUCCUGGGGCGCUGGCCCUUUAAGGGGAAGCCCCGCCCUCUGCCCCGGAAGUGGAAGCUGCCGCGGUCACAGGCGGGCGGAAGGCGGAAGUGGGGAGAGAGGCGGACCCGGGGGGGCAAGAGGAGGAGGACACCCCCCCCCGGGCACCGGGAGCAGGACAAAGGCUACAAAAUGACAGUUGUAACUUAACCCUUGCUGGUCCAGGACAGCUCUUGGGGCAAGGCAAUAGAGAAGCAGAUCUCUGGAGGAAGAGGGAUGUGUGAAACCAAACUGGAUAGUUCCUGCUGCUGGAGUGGCAAGCUCUCCCGGAGCAGGGGUGCACCAGGUGCCAGCCUUUGUGGGCAUAAGAGAUCCUUGUUCUCAAGUUUUGGGGAUCUGGGAAGCACUGGGCCUAACGGCUGCCAGUUCUUCCAAGAAUGCUGCGGUUCUUAAGGCCCAGAACGUAUGUCUCCAAGCCAAAGCUGGCCGAAAGAACUCCACAGAGCCGCCAAAGGCUUGGAACCGAUGGAGGCUCGGGGGCCAGCUGCUACUGGGACUCCUAGUGUACGUGAGACAUUGCUAGCUGAACUAUCAGCCGAGAGGCUAGGGAAGGUGGAGGAGGCCGGCCAUUCUCCCCCUCAGGGCUUUCCAGAAGGCGGAGGGCAGAGGACUUCCUGCACCACAGGGGAGGAUGUUGGUUGGAAUGGAAGCUGCGACCAAGUACCGAUGGGGUUGCUGGAAGGGGACGGGUUGUUGCACUUCACUGAGUACAGUGCCUCUGGCUCCUGUCUGUCCAGUUACGAACGUUCCUGUAGUUGUCAGGGGGAGAGUCUGGAUCCCUCCAGGACUUACCUGGAGAAGGGGAAUUGCUCGUGUAGCUUCACUUGCCAGCGCUGGGCUUCGGAGUCCCUUGCAGCUGAGGAUGAAGCCUUUGGUCCUGAUUCAGCACCAUGGCCGCAGGGCCAGGAGGAAGACGAGGAAGAUGACGGAGUGUCCAAGGCCAGUGAGGACCUGUACGGCUCUGGCAGGCUGCUCAGCGGCAGGAAGAAUGGGAGACGCCAGAGGCAUCGCUCUGGCACGAAGGACAAGGAGGAGGGGAAGGAGAAUGCCAAGCGGGAGGGUAGGUCUGUGCCGGCUGGUGGGAAGCACAAGCAGGCCAGGAAGAGGAGCCAUGUGGACCGGCGGCGCCACUUAAAAGCUGAGGUCCCCAAGCAGCUGGAAGAGCUGGCCCGGGUCUGCGUCUCCUGUUUCAAGAAGCUCAUCAAGCUGGUGCUGGUCAUCACCCAUGAGUGCGGCGAGUAUGUGGAAGCUGGUGGGAGGUUCCUCUACUCGUGCUGUCAGCUCGACGCCUGGGCCCUGGGCUUAGCCCAAGGCAGCACGAGGACGUGGAUCCAGCGGGCCAAGAGCAGCUCGGGGAAGGCAGCCCGGUGGCUGGGUUCCUGGGGGAACUGGCUGUGGCGGCUGCUCAGGAUGCUGGGUGCCCUGCUCUUCCUGGUACUCAUGCUGCUCCUGGGCAGCCUGCGGCUGUGCUGGCGAGUCUCCAAGUCCCUGCUUCUUGCUGGGGUAGGUAAGCUGGGCAGAACCAGCAGCAUGGCCUGGCUCCUCUCGCUCCUGGGCUCGCCCUUCCUCCGCAGAACCUGGGCUCUCUUCAAAGAAACCAGGACUUGCAAGUACGUGUCACACUUGCUGCAAAAGUGGCCAGGGCUGCUUGGGGCAGCCAAAGGGCUAAGGACCGAUGAGCUGGGAGCGGCUGCGACUGGCCCGGAUCUUAGCGCAGGGGGGCGCUACCAGCCCAGCCAGGAGGUGGCACGGCUGCUGGCCCUGGCCGACGUGCCCGAGGAAGAGCUGAACCCCUUUCAGGUACUGGGGCUGGAGGCGACUGCUUCAGACUCAGAGCUGAAGAAGGCCUAUCGUCAGCUGGCUGUGCUGGUUCAUCCCGACAAGAAUGAGCAUCCACGGGCGGAGGAAGCCUUCAAGGUGCUGCGAGCUGCCUGGGAUAUCGUGAGCAACCCGGAGAAGAGGAAAGAGUACGAGAUCAAGCAGAUGGCAGAAAGUGAGCUGACAAAAUCCAUGAAUGAGUUCCUCACCAAGCUGCGGGACGACCUGAAAGAGGCCAUGAACACCAUGAUGUGUAGCAAGUGCCAGGGGAAGCACAAGAGGUUCGAGAUGGACCGAGAUCCGCUCAGCGCUCGCUACUGCGCGGAGUGCGGCAAGCUGCACCCUGCCAAGGAGGGAGACUUCUGGGCCGAAUCAAGCAUGCUGGGGCUGAAAAUCACCUACUUCGCCCUGAUGGAUGGGAAAGUCUAUGACAUCACAGAGUGGGCCGGCUGCCAGCGGGUUGGAAUCUCUCCCGACACCCAUCGUGCCCCGUAUCACAUAUCGUUUGGAUCAAGGAGCUCCGGCUUGGGUGGACGCCAGAGAACUGCCUCUGAAGGCAGCCCCGCCUCAGCUGCAGACCUGCAGGACUUCUUCAACCGCGUAUUUCAGGGGACCCCGGGGCAGAUGCCCAACGCCCAGGCAGCAGCUCCUUCUGCUUCAGCCCCGAAGACAGAGAGUGCAGCCUCAAAAGGGGACUCAAAGCAGAAAAGGCGGAAGAAAGUUCGCCGUCCCUUCCAGCGCUGAGGAGCGGCGUGGCCAGUGCAGGAGAGUAACCGGGUGGGGGCUGCUUUGCUCUUGGCCUGGCAGGAGGCCACAAGCACUGACAGGAAACGAAGCUCCUGUGUACGUCCCAGCAGGCAGCUGGGCGCGUCCCGGGCUCUAGGUCGGGCACUAAAAGGGCUCUUUACAAGAAGAAGAAUCUAUUUUUUUCUUUAGAUAUUUAAAAGCCAACCAGGCGUUUGGGGAAUUUCCGGCUGAUGCCAUUAACUUCUAGUGUAAAGAACCAGACCCAGUGAUACCAAAGAACUCCAGCAGGGGGUGCCCUGCAGGAUCCCUGGAGACACCAGCCCAGUGUGUGUGGAAGGAGGGUGUCCCUGCAGUUGGGGGGGUGGGGAAGCUGGACAGAGCCAUGGAAUCUCUUCAGGGUUACUUUAAAAAUCAGGGGAUGUUUCAUUUCCAUAAAGGCCACAUCUGGGAUCCAUUGGGAGGCAGCCAUGUCCCUUCCCUCCGCUUGCCCCCCAUUUCUCAUGCGCGGCUCCCCUUCACUCCCCCGCCCAUUGAUGUCUGCGUCUUGCAGCCCUCCGAGAGCUGCAGGGAGCCGUAAUGCGUCACACACAGCACUGAGCAGGAUCCCUUAGAACUGAAUCGCAAUUUGGCCUCUAAAGCUUCUGCAGCAGAUCGUAUUCUUGACCCCUCCCAUCUGCACAGCUCAUCACCCCAGAAGAACCACGCCAAGCGUUGAACCCCGGUGCUGGAGGGCGGCUUGCUCAGCUGACUGGAGAAUGCUCCUAGAGAGCAGCCCAGCCUUGGCCCCGGCAGACAAGACUGAGCCCUUUGUCUAACUCUUGCAGGGUCUUAUCCAUGCCUACUCCUGGAGCCAGUGCAUCUGUCUGCGCUCUCUGCCGAGCCCUGCUGCCCCAGAGGUGAAAUGAGGCGUGGGUGGGUGCUCCCUGUGCUGUGCCUGGCUCUGUUCCCACUGUCCUGGUAGCACAUGCUGGCCCCUAGCUUCAUGCUGACCCCCCCGUCGGAUUUUUGUUGCUGAUUCCCCCUCAGCCCUGCUUCCUGGCCAUGGACUCCUUUUCUGCCAGUUGGGCUCAGCCAUAGUCCUGAGACUUGGGAGAGCGGUUCCCCAGUGGGUUGCUCUGGGAGCUCAGUUGUGAGAUGCUGUCUGCACAAGUCUCCUGAUCUGUGCAGCCAGUAUUGACUUUACUGUUCACAGGGAUGCUGGCUGGGGCCAGCCGCUCACAUACGGGGACUAGGCUUUCCAAAGAAGCUAGGUCAAGUUUGUAAGCCCAGCCCCAACCCAUCAAAACCCUGGUCUGCUUCUGCUGGGCAAGCUCCUGGCAGUCAGUCAGACGGGUCUGUAACUGUCCAGCCUCUUACUGAAGGGUUGGUCUUGGGUUCUAACAGCUGGUUCCUAUUUGUCUGUACAUAUCUCUGUUUAAUCCCAUGUGCAUACCCCUUGUGAUAAAUCUAGCUCAAUCCCUGAGAGCAGCUGGGGGAGUGCUUCCCCUGCUUCCCUGGGCAGCGCCAGUCCGUUCCAUGUAUUACACCUCGGCUUUCUGUAGGCACUUUCUGUAACCUCCUUAGGUUUGCUCUUCCGGUCGCUAACGUGCACCCAGCUCACAGAGCUGAUGCUGAACUACUCUAACCCCAGUUGGAGUAAAGCUGAUUUUUAAGUUGUUCCAGGAAGUAAGACUCGUUUUCCUUGUCAGGGUGUUUAUGGCAUUCCACUGCUGAAUUUCCAAAAUGAAUUGGAUUUAGGGUAGGGCCUACACAAACAAUUGUGUGGGUGUGAGCAGAAAGCUCUGCUUUAGGAUUAAACUGGUGAGUGUAUAUUCUACAAUUACCCAUCCCCUGCAAAAUAAACCCCCAUAGGAUUACAUAAGAGUAUUCUCUACACACCUAACUUGUGUAUAGACACCACUAUGCAGCUGUGAAAAAGGGGGACAUAACAAGCAGGAGGCCUGGCCCCUGCUAAAGCUGGAUUUCGGGCUAGUGGAAGAAAACUAGGACAGUAACUCAGGCACUCGUCCUUAUUUAUCAAAACUGUCUCAAAGUGACAUGAGCCAGCAGGGGCCAAGCUGGGGUCGGACACACUAAACUGUAGUUUGUGGUGCCAGUCGGUUAACUAACGCCUGAGCAGGCCGCACUGGACGGAGGGUGAGGGCAGGUAUUUCCUCAUCACCUUCCUUAGAAUGACAAGACUAAGCUCUUAAAACAAGCCCUCCCAGCUCAGCCUUCCUCUAGGAGCUUUGUUAUUUGAGCCCCUUUUCGUUAUUUGAAGGGUGUGAUGGGAACCACCUGGCUGGCUUCUCUGUCAACUGUUUCUCCCCCCAGGUGUCACUCACCUGCAAACCCUGAUUCCUCUUCCCAGGGUGAACUCUGGGCAGCAGGACUGAACGACGCGGGGACCAGGGCUGCAGAGCUCUUUCCCUCUGGCGAACUGGUUCUAAGGGCCACUGAGCUGGGAGCGAGUCUCAGCAUCACAUGGCUAUUUGGGGGGUGUUACGUGAAGUGAAUCAAGGGUCUUUAGCUGGUUACUUGCAGACGUGCAUCCAUGUCCCUAAAAAUCCCAGCUAUGGUGGGUGCAAAUGUGGUGCCCUCAGAGAGGGCAGCCUGAUUGUAUGCAGGACCGCAGGGCCUGACCGGACCCCUGAAGAGGUGCAAGCUGUGCUCCCUCUGAGGUGGGGGGGCAGCUUGGACUGUUUCUACCAGGGCUGUACCUGGGCUGUGGAGAGGUGGCCAUCCCCUCUCCUGUGUGCCCCAUCCCCUCUCCUGGGCUCGGUUACCUUGAGCUGAGCAGGCAGACGUUAGCUCUAGGUUUGGAGGUGGUGGGAGGAGGAAGCUGUAUUUAACACAGGGCCAAUCACGGUCACUGGUGCACAAGGGAUGAAUGGACAAUGUAAAGCCGUGUAGUCCUGCUGCGCAUACAACUGAUCAUUUGGAAGGGCCAGGAAGGGAGCUAAUCAUGAGAACGGCCAGACUGGGUCAGAUCAAUGGUCCCGCUAGCUCAGUGUCCUGCCUUCAGAUAGGGGCAGGUGUCAAGUGCUUCCGAGAGAGUGAACAGAACAGGGCAAACAUUGAGAGAUCCAGCCUGUCUUCCAGGUCCAGCAUCUGGCUGUCAGAGGUUUAAGGUCACUGAGCACGUGGGGCUGUGUCUCUGCCCAUCUUGGCUAACAGCCAUUGUUGGACCUCUCCCCCAUGAACGUAACUCAUUCUUUUUUUGAACCCAGUUAGGUUUGGCCUUCACCACAUCCCCUGGCAAGGAGUUCCACAAGUUGACUGUGUUGUGGGAUCCAUGGUUGGUUUUAAACCUGCUGCCUGUUAAUGGCAUUGGGUGAUGCCUGGUUGGUUUGUUAUGGGAAGGGGUAAAUAGCACAUCCCUAGUCGCUUGCUUCCCGGCAGUCAUGACUAUACAGACCUCUGUCACCCCCCAUCUCUUUUCCAAGCUGAGCCAUCCCGUUUUUAAUCUCCUGACCUGGAAGCUCUCCCCACGGGAGACCCACCCUGGCUCACACUCAUGGAGAACCAGGCUGCUGGGGAUUUGCUCUCUCUAGUUCUCAGCUGCAACGGACACCUUGGCUGGUAGUGCCUUGGUGACCCCAAAAUGUACAUUAAGGGGCCUUGGAAAUAUACCCCUCCUCCAGUCAUGUUCUAGCUGCAAUCACAUGGGGCAGGAAAUGAAGCAACUCCAGCACUGUAAUGUCCCUUGGUCUGUAUGCUCGGGGCUUCUUGUUGGCUCCUCUCGGGCAGCUGCCUCAGCCACCUUGCUGCUCCUUACCCCUUCACGUUUACGGGGGAGUCUGUCUACUGCUAGACUGUCAGCCUCCCUAGCUUGUCUCUCCAUCAUGAGCGAGUAGAGUAAAGCUUGCCGGUGGCAGACGCCAGAGCCUCUCUUUCGCUGGGGACUCCCUCCCUGUACACUGAAAGCCACAGGCUCACCCCUGCAGCUGCUGCUUUGUGCUGAGCGGGCACAGAGCACUGGAGAGCAGCCACGCCCUGGGACACUUACCUGGUCUCACCUGCCAGCUUGCUCUGUUCUUUGCUCCCUGAGCUUGCGUGGCUUCUGCGGCUCUGCUGCCAGGGCUGCCUAACUCAGUUCACGCCGGGGGAGCCAGAAACCGAGUUGUAGGCACGUUCCCUCUCCCCCCUGCCUCCGAGCAACUGAGCUCCUGUCGAUGUAGCUCUGCAGCCUCUCGGCGCUAGUGGAGGUUUGGGGAAGCGGACUGGCUGGAAGCGCAUCUGCUUGGGCUGCUGCGGGGCAGAGCUGCCUUAAGAUGCUUACAUACGUUUUGCAAAAAAAUAAGUCUUGGACAAUCACUCACUCUUCCUGACCUGUAUUGCCAUGCGAGUGUUUGAUGUCGGGUGUAUUCACUGUUCACCUCCUUUGUCCUGAGGGCUGAGCACGGAGGUUUUUAAGAUGAUUGUGUAUCUCUUUCUUAUCACUUUUGUUAAAUUAAAAUACGAUUUGAAGAA